AUGGCGGAGCUGGACGUGGGCCCCGCUCCCUGCACGCCGCCUCGUCGUAGGGCUUGGCAUCGCGCGUGCUCGUCAGAGAAGCUUGUCGACACAAGGAAAGCUCCGAGAGCACGCGCAGAGGCACCUGCAAUGGCGUCCAUCCACGACAGCCCAUCGGCUGGCUCGGAGGAGGCGGUGACAAGUGCGGCCGACUGCUUGUGGCAGCGCCACCACGGAGAUGCAAAAUACUGGGUCCAGAUUCGGAGCGCGCAGCGACUUCUGAUGCGGAGCAUUGGGACGGAACUUGUCUUGAAUGAAGCGUCGUUACGAGGACCAGAAGUGGUGCUGGAGCCUUUGCUGCGCGAGGCCAUUGACGCACAGGAGGCUGAUCGAAUGAGUGCCAUCACAAUGCUUGGCAUUCUGAACGAACUGGUGACCAGACUCGAUGGAGAAGCCCUGGACCAGCACCACUUUCGAGGCCAGCCCGUGGCCGAGUUUGAGGCCACGCCACUGCGUGUUAGCAAGCGGGCCCGAGAUGACCUUUGGGCCGAGGAGUCGACUGCAUCAUCCACGCCAGCGGAGCCCCCCCAGAUCUUGCUUUCCAGAUCUGCGGGCGAUGGGACAGGAGCAACUCCAGCAUCGGCAGACUCAGAAGACCUCCGAGAGACCCCCGCGCCACAGACUCCGCCACGUCGAUCAGGCGAUUCGAGAGGUAAAACCCUCCGUGCUCCGAUUCCACUGGAGACGCCAGCGCCCUGGAGUUUGAGACCUCCCCACAGGGUAAGCCGGGCAAACGAAACUUAA